CUGACAUUGGCUUUAGUGGGCACAAUCUGGACACUAAGACCAAGACCAAAUAAUACAUUCAACUUCCACCCCCUCCACCACCUCAACAUAUACAACUUUGGUCUGCCAUAAUGGUGCGCAUAUAAUCCAGUCUCCAAUUGCCCUUUCUUCUGCUAACUCUACAGUAGGUUGUCCUCGCAGCCUCAAUCUGUACAAGGGGGGGUAAAGCUGUCCUCUCCAGGCAGUUUCGAGAGAUGCAGCGGUCGAGAAUUGAAGCCCUUCUUGCCUCCUUUCCAAAGCUCGCAGAUUCCAGUACCCAGCAUACUACCGUGGAGCAGGAUAAUGUACGCUUUGUCUACCAACCGCUUGACGAACUGUACAUGGUCCUCAUUACGAACCGACAAUCCAAUAUCCUUCAAGAUAUUGAUUCGUUACACCUAUUCGCACAAGUUGUUACCAGCACAUGCAAAACUCUGGAUGAGAGGGAGAUCUUGAAGAAUGCCUACGAGCUUCUAAGCGCCUUUGAUGAAUUGGUCACUCUCGGGUAUCGGGAGAAUCUAACCAUCAGCCAAAUCAAGACAUUUUUGGAAAUGGAGAGUCAUGAGGAGAGAAUACAGGAGAUCAUCUCGAGAGUAUGUUGAAGUAUGCUUGACGUCUACAACAUACAACUGACUGUUUUUGUAGAACAAGGAAUUGGAGGCCACAGAAGAGCGGAAGCGAAAAGCCAAGCAGCUGGAGAUGCAGCGCAAGGAAGUUUCAAGAAGUGGAAGAAAUGCCGUCCCUCGAACGCCUGUUUAUCCUACAUAUACCGCCCCAGCUAAAUCAAAUGUUCCCGAUACCUAUGAUUCAUACGAGGCCGAAAAGAAUAAAUCUUACAAGUAAGCGGGCUGCAUCAACUUUCCGUGCACCACUAACGUUUUAAACAGCAAAAGCGCGCCAAAGGGCAAAGGAAUGCAAUUGGGCAAGAAAUCGAAGACGACAGAUAUGUUUGAGCGUGUAAGAGGUGAUUUGGGUGCGGAGGCAGAAGAGCCUGCUUCCUCCUCACUUGUUCCAAACCACCCGGCACCAGCUGCCACGGAGCAUGCUGCACCCGUCUCUUCAGCCGUAGACCGUGACGCUAUUCAUGUUACGAUUGCGGAGACGAUAAAUGCCAAAUUGUCAAGGGAAGGAGCUUUGAACUCUCUAGAGAUCAAGGGAGAUUUGCAAUUGAAGAUCUCGGAUCCAACACUGACUAAAGUCAAGUUGGAUCUUGUGGCCAACGCAAGCCAUGGUGUCCAGUUCCGAACUCAUCCUAACGUCGAUAAAAACGUUUUCAACAGCUCCAAAGGUAUCCAGAUGACAAAUAUCACGAAAGGAUUCCCGGUCAACAACUCGGUGGGUGUCUUACGUUGGAGAGCCACACCAAAGUCGGACGAUUCCAGUGCUGUUCCAAUCACUUUUACCGUAUGGGUCAACCGAGGCUCUGACGACACAUACAACAUUACAGUCGAAUAUGAGCUCACUGGUGGAGACUCAUUAAAAGAUGUGACAGUUGUGAUUCCUUAUGCUACCAGUGAGCCAUCUGUAUCAAGCUUUGAUGCCACUUAUGAAGUUUCUGGAGACAGCCUGGAAUGGACUAUUGGUUUGGUUGAUGAAGAAAAUGCUACUGGUUCAUUUGAAUUUGAGGCACAAGCUGGAGAUGAGAACGAGUUUUUCCCCAUGCAAGUCAAGUUCAGCAAGACCAAGCCAUUUAUUGAUGUCGAUGUAAGUCAAUUGAGUCAUAAUGCUCUCAACUGUGUCCUAACAACCUUCCUUAGGUCAAUGAUAUCACCCUACUUGAGCUCGAUGAGACCGUCGACUUCUCCAAGGAGAUUAAAUCUGUGGCAGAUGCAUACACUAUUGAAUAAAGGCGUACUUUGGGCAGGGAUGAACAAAAUCCCAUGGGUUUUGAGCGUAGCGUAGGGGGCGUGGCCAGACAUAGCCCAGAUGACGAUGAUUGACAGAAUAGACAUCACAAAUGUACGAAUUGAAGACCAGCUGACCAAAGUGAAAAGUCGAC